AUGUCUGUCGGAAAGAAGCAUGCCCGGCCCGACGACGACGUCGUCCCCGAGAUCGAUCGUGUCAAGAAGGCCAAGACCGUCAGCGACCCUUCCGCCGCCGACGAUGUCCCUGUGAAGGAGAAGAAGCAGAAGAAGGACAAGAAGGACAAGAAAGAAAAGAAAGAUAAGAAGGAGAAGAAAGACAAGAAAGACAAAAAGGAAAAGAAGGAGAAGAAGCGCAAGGAGAAGGAGGAGAACUCUGCCGAGGCCGACGAGACUCUAGAAGCCACCGACAAGCCCUCCGAGACCGAGCCCGUCGAGUCUGAAGCCCCCAAGAAGGAGAAGAAGUCCAAAAAGUCCAAGAAAGACAAGUCUGCCAAGGCCGAAGAGUCAAUUGACUCCAGCGCAGCGCCCUCUACCAACGGCAAAGCAAAGUACUCCUACCAACAGACCGAAGCCCUGAGCGCCGUCCCCGAGAAGGAGAUCCAGGAUUUCCUGACCGCGCAAGAGAUCACCGUGACGGACCCUUCAAGGAAUAUGACCCUGCGUCCCGUUCUCAAGUUUGACCAGCUCCCGCCUUCUCGUCUCCUCGCCAAGGGCCCCUUCAAGAACUUCACUGUCCCGACCCCAAUCCAGUCCGCCUCGUGGCCCUUGUCGUUGUCCGGCCGCGAUGUCAUCGGCAUUGCCGAGACGGGUUCCGGAAAGACCCUCGCCUUCUCCCUGCCCUGCAUCGAAGCCCUGCAGUCCCUCUCGAAGCCCAAGUCGAUCGCCGCCGGCCCUCUGCCCGCGAACUCCAGGCUGAACAAGAUGGAGAGGGCCGACGUGGCCCAGGCUCUGGCCGUUGUCGUCUCGCCCACCCGCGAGCUCGCGAUGCAGACCCACGCCGCCAUGGCUGACCUCGCCGGCCUCGCCGGGCUGUCCGCCGUCUGCCUGUACGGCGGCGCCAGCAAGGACGACCAGCGCGUGCUCCUGCGCAAGAAGAACGGCGCCGACAUCAUCGUCGCCACCCCCGGCCGCCUCAAGGACUUCCUCUCCGACGGCACCGUCUCCCUGGCGUCCGCCCGCUUCGUCGUCCUCGACGAGGCUGACCGUAUGCUGGACAAGGGGUUCGAGGACGAUGUCAAGGAGAUCCUCGGCCAGUGCCCCGCGCGUGGCGAGCGGCAGACGCUCAUGUUCACGGCGACCUGGCCGGCCAGCGUCCGCGGCCUGGCCGAGAGCUUCAUGGUCGACCCCGUCAAGAUCACCAUCGGCGGCAAGACCAAGACCGAGGACGGCGAGGGCAACGGCACCGUCGAGCUGCAAGCCAACUCGCGCAUCGCCCAGCGCGUCGAGGUCGUCGACCCCCGCAGCAAGGAGUGGCGGCUGCUGCAGAUCCUCAAGGAGGCGCAACAGGGCAAGGGCAGGAACGACCGCAUACUCGUCUUCUGCCUGUACAAGAAGGAGGCUGUGCGCGUCGAGAGCUACCUGUCACGCAACCGCAUCAGCGUCGCCAGCAUCCACGGCGACUUGAAGCAGGAGCAGCGGACGCGGAGCUUGGAGGCGUUCAAGGCCGGCACCACGACGGUGCUGGUGGCUACCGACGUGGCCGCUCGCGGAUUGGAUAUCCCCGAGGUCAAGCUCGUCGUCAAUGCGACGUUCCCUCUCACUAUCGAGGAUUACGUCCACCGCAUCGGCCGGACGGGUCGUGCGGGAAAGACUGGCGAGGCCAUCACCCUCUUCACAGAGCACGACAAGGCUCACUCUGGAUCAUUAAUUAAUGUCCUCAAGUCCGCGGGUCAACCCGUCCCCGAGGAUCUGAUGAAGUUCGGCACGACGGUCAAGAAGAAGGCCCACGACACCUACGGCGCCUUCUUCAAGGAUGUAGAUAUGAGCAAGAAGGGUACCAAGAUCACAUUUGACUAG